ACUAAUUCUAUCCUCUCAGUAUGCUUCUCACCAUAUGGAACUAUCUUAGCAUCUGGUAGUUGGGAUAACUCAAUUCGUUUAUGGGAUGUUAAGACAGGAUAAUAAAAAACCAAUUUGGAUGAUUAUACUAAUUCUGUCCUAGAAGGAUUUUACUCACCAGAUGGAACUGCUUUAACAUCUGGUAGUGAUAAUUAGACUAUUGGUUAAUAGGUUAUUGAUAAAUUGGAUACUAAUUCUGUCUAUUCAGUAUACUUCUCGUCAAAUGGAACUACAAAAUUUCUUGAAACACAAAAAUGGUAUGAUAUCUGUUCAUAGAGGGAUUCUGCAAGCCACUCUUAAACAAAUAAAAUUUAUUUAUUAUUUUUAGGCUGUGUCGAUACAAGAAGCUAACCAACUAGUUGGAUCAAUAGAAUCACUCCAUUCAGCAUUACUUAUGAAAAAUUAUUACAUGCCAGAUCUAGCAUCGUCAGUGAUCACUUGUGAGUACCUCUUAAAUGUGGCCCUUGGUAAAUGUUUUAGAAUUGAAACAAAUCAAAUUAAAAUUGGGUAGAUAUUUAAAAAGGUAAGUAAAAUUAAACUGUUUUAUGAACUUGAGAAAUUAUGUUAAGAGAAGAAUGUCCUAUUAGGAAUAUCUCCUGAGAAACUUCCUGAUAAAAAAUGGUUGACAAAUGUGUUAUUCACUUUAAAUGAAAAUAAUGAAGUAUUUAAACCAUUUUAGGAUUCUGAUAAAGUUAUAAGAUAAGCAGAAAUAUUAUAUUCAAAAUAAAUUUAGAAUUGUUUUUCAUUUCAAAUUGCUUUUGUAAUGAUAUUUUAUAAAUAUCACUGAG